GCGGCAAACAUCAUGAAUAUUGUUGUCUACCUCCGACUAGGCAUCAAAGAUGGCAUCUCCGUCUGCUUCUUCUUCCUCUCCAUCUUGGAUCUGAUAUGCGUGAUUCUUUUAUCGGCCAACGACGGUUUUCUCGUGGGAACCUACGCGCUCCCCAAAACCUGGCCAGUGGACAGCGCCACGAUAACCGCGAUAACAACGUACUACUACACGCUGUUCGCCGACAUGUCACUGGUCACCACGACGUUCGUCGCCGUCCAAAGGUGCUGCUGUGUGGUGCUCCCGUUCACGUUCAAAUGCGUGUUCACUCGCAGCCGCACGUUCGUCAUCCUUGCAGCAUUGUCCCUGUCCUGUUUGGCCCUGUACCUCCCUGUGCUGACGUCGCAAGGUCUGCGCGAAGUCACGGACGCGUCCAGCAACGUCACGAGGUGGGUUCUGUGGACGUCACGUGACCGCGGCUUCAUUUACUCUGUCCGGAGCGUCACUACGCUCAUUGUGGUUGCGGCAUGUGAGGUCACCGUGAUCGCCUGUUUGUUCAUCUUCGCGUCAUCUCUCAGAGCUUCGGUUCAGUUUAGAGAUUCAAACGCCAAAGUUCGGAUCGGGGAACUAAAGGCGGAGAAUUCCAUUAAACAUGUGUCGAAACCUAGAAAAUGUUUGAACAAAGACUUAACUCAAAGUUUACCGAUCAAAACUGACACACAAAACAAGGACAACUGUUCCGAAAGACCCGGGAGGACCAAGCCCGCGAAAGAGUUGCAGCUCGUGAAGGCGACCUUCGUGCUCUCCCUGAUCUUCGUCGUGUGCAACGCGCCGAGGCUCGCCAUCUACAAUGCCUUACUGAUCGAGCCGGAAUUCAACGUGUCCAGACGCUACGAGAGCACGUACAUGCUCAGCAACGUGCUUCGUUUCACCGUGGAGGCCGUGAAUCUGUCAAGUAAUAUGUUUGUCUAUCUGAGGUUCAACAGGAAAUACAGA